GAGUCUGAUUACCAGAGUACAGUAUUCAGCUAAGUUCACAGCAAGUGAUCUGGCCUAAUGAGGAGUACCACUAAAGUGUUUGUUGUUUGCAAAGUUAUUCUAAACCUCGGAGAUUAGCAACUGAAGAUUGAUGUGAUGGCGCCAAAGUUUUUGAUAUUUUACAGUCUUAUUCUUCUCGCUCGACAAGUAUAUUCAGCACUCAACAUUGAAGGUUGUCCAGCUGGAACGAUGAAUGUGAGGGAGGACGAUGAGCUCCGCCUUACUUGUGGUCCAUAUGACUUUGAGAUGAGUUGGUAUUAUUCCAGGGACAACACGUUGGGGGAAUUAAUCGGCCACUGCUAUGGAAUAUUUUGCUAUCCCGCACAGAGACACGAGUUCGCAAUGCUAGGUGACUCGUAUCCGUCGAUUGUAAAGUCGUACAAAAGCACUCUACUCUUCCCUACUAUCAACAGGGACGAAGCUCGUGUUUACUAUUGUAAAACUAAUUACUCCAUGAGCGCAUGUAGACUUCGGGUGACAGCACCUGCUGAAGUGGUUCCUGAAAACUGCAGAGUGUGGAUAUCAGACUGGCAAGUGCAAGGAGAAUGUCUGGUAGAAAGGAUGUACGCGUCAGAUGAUGUCUACACAUGCACGUGGAGCGUUAACAAUACUCAGGUGACAGGUGUAUUUGAAAGACCACUGACUACAUACCGGAACAACUCUAGAACCUACAUGAGAGGAGUUUGUUCCUUCAGGCAGGAAAUACCGUUUAAUGGAUACAACUUCACUCACAGUAUCAGUUACACCUACAAAAUCAGUAUAGACCCAGGUCCUCAAGACAGCCUUGUAACGACGAUAAACAUUGAGCCUCCUAAGAAGCCUGAGAUCAAUUGUUCAGAAACUGUUCUUGAGGGAUCGACUGUCAUUUGUAUGUGCACCUCUCAAAACAGAGGAAACCCGCCUGCAAAAUUUGUUUGGGAUGGAACGAAUACUGAUAGACUACUUCUUCAGAAUGUCAGCCGCCAACAGAGCUCCACUAAUUAUACAUGUCGACAGACUUGGGGUCCUCACGGGGUUAUCAACACUACAGUUAAUUACACCUUCACAGUAGCAUGUAAGUAAGCUUUUAAUAUUUUUACAUCACCAUUUCAUUUUAAAAAAUAGAUAAUUUGUUUCAAAUGGAAAUUUUGACUACCUAAUAGAGAAAAUAUAUCAAGCUGCUAAAUUAUAGUUAGUAAAGUGUCCUACAUUAAAAAAUAUUCAUGUAGAAAGAAUGCACACGUUUGACACAACCCACCCUACUCCCACACACACACCCACGCAUGUGCACACAGAUACACACACUCUACAACAUUUAUGGACAUAAAUAAUUACAACAAAAACAUAUAAGAUUUUAGUUCUUAUUUUAUUUUUGUGAUUAUCCUUUUGUUUUGCAACAAUAAGCAAACCACAUUCUUUAAUCUAAUUGAAAUACUGUGUUUGGCUCUAUUUAUGUAUAUUGUGUAUGUAUUAUACAUGUAUGUAUAUGCAUAUGUGUAUGUAGAUAUUUGUGUGUGUGGAUGUAUCUAUAUAUAUUUGCUUUUAUAUAGAUAUAUGUG